CUGUUGAUCUGUGGGUGCAGGUCCUGGGCUGCUCUGGGGCUCCCGCUCUGUUCUCGCCGCUGAGCUGCUGCCCGGGGAGAGGAAGCCAUGGCGCUGCGGGUCACCAGGAACACGAAAAUUAAUGGUGAAAAUAAGGCGAAGAUCAGUAUGGCAGGCGCAAAGCGUGUGCCUGUGGCCUCUGCUGCAGCUUCCAAACCCGGGCUGAGGCCAAGAACAGCCCUUGGAGAUAUCGGAAACAAAGUCAGUGAACAGCCCCAGGGCAAAAUGCCUCUGAAAAAGGAAGCAAAAACUUUAGCGGCUGGGAAAGUGAUGGCUAAAAAACUACCAAAACCUCUGGAAAAGGCACCUGUGCCUGUGGUGGAACCAGAGCCGGAAUCUGAGCCUCAUCCUGAACUGGAAUCUGAGCCUGUUAAAGAAGAAAAACUUUCUCCUGAGCCUAUUUUGGUUGAUACUCCCUCUCCAAGUCCAAUGGAAACAUCUGGAUGUGCCCCUGCAGAAGAGUAUCUGUGUCAGGCUUUCUCUGAUGUAAUUCUUGCAGUAAAUGAUGUGGAUGCAGAAGAUGGAGCUGAUCCAAACCUUUGUAGUGAAUAUGUGAAAGAUAUCUAUGCUUAUCUGAGACAACUUGAGGAGGAGCAAGCCAUUAGACAAUACCUACUAGGUCGUGAAGUCACUGGAAACAUGAGAGCCAUCCUAAUUGACUGGCUGGUACAGGUUCAGAUGAAAUUCAGGUUGCUGCAGGAGACUAUGUACAUGACUGUUUCCAUUAUUGAUCGGUUCAUGCAGAAUAAUUGUGUACCCAAGAAGAUGCUGCAGCUGGUUGGUGUUACUGCCAUGUUUAUAGCAAGCAAAUACGAAGAAAUGUACCCUCCAGAAAUUGGAGAUUUUGCCUUUGUGACUGACAACACUUACACUAAGCACCAAAUUAGACAGAUGGAAAUGAAGAUUUUAAGAGCUUUAAAUUUUGGCUUGGGUCGCCCUCUGCCUCUGCACUUCCUUCGGAGAGCUUCUAAGAUUGGAGAGGUUGAUGUUGAGCAACAUACUUUGGCCAAAUACCUGAUGGAAUUAACUAUGUUGGAUUACGAUAUGGUGCACUUUCCUCCUUCUCAAAUUGCAGCAGGAGCUUUUUGCUUAGCUCUGAAAAUUCUUGACAAUGGUGAAUGGACACCAACUCUACAACACUACCUGUCAUACACUGAAGAAUCCCUUCUUCCUGUGAUGCAGCACCUGGCUAAGAAUAUAGUCAUGGUGAAUCGUGGACUUACAAAGCACAUGACAAUUAAGAACAAGUAUGCGACAUCUAAGCAUGCCAAAGUCAGCACUCUGGCACAGUUGAAUUCUGUAAUAGUUCAAGAUUUAGCUAAAGCUGUAGCAAAAGUGUAACUUGUGACUUGACUUGGGAGUACUAUAUGUUAACUUGACUUGGGAGUACUAUAUCUGCAAAUAAAAUUGGCACCAUGUGCUAUCUGUACAUAUUACGUUCAUUUACUUUUAAUAAAGUUUGUGGUCCUUUUUACCUAUACCUUUACUCAUGGCUACUUCCUACUCUAGAAUAAAUCUAAAAGUUAUCUUAAAGGUAUGGUGGGGGGAUCUAAAAAAUGCUUUCAGUUUACCUGGGAAUGCAACAAAUGUAUAUAACUGUUGCUUAUGUAUUUGGCUCUUGUUUCUUGUUGUAUGUAUCUUGGUAUUAAUGAUUGAGGUGAACACACUAAAAACACUUAUUCCCAUAGGGCAUAUUGCCUAUUAGCCCAGUCAUUUUGGAGAAUCUGCUGCUUAGUUCUACUUAGUAAAUGUCUACCACUUGAUCCCUAAUGCUGCCUGUUUCAUUUCUCUUGGUGCUUGCUGCCAUAAUUCCAAAUGCGUUGUUGCCACUAAUUUUCACCUUUAGCUAUUACCAACUUUUUCACUAGAAAAAAAUUCUAUAUUCAAAACUUAGUUAACUUUUUGUUGGUUAAGAAAAUAAAAUGGGGCCUCCCCUGGUCGCACAGGUGGUUGAGCACAGCACUGUGAAGCAGCCUCUGCAGCAUGGGUUUGAUCCCAGCUGGCCGCAGAGAUACCCAGAUGGUGCGGCAGACCUCUCCUGUCUCACCCGCUGUUCCCCUCAGCAGUAUAUUUCAGUCAAUCUGCCUGUUCUGUUCCCUGCUCUGUCUCUGGUGAAUCACCCUCUUGCACAUCUGGCCUGUACCCUGGUUCUUGUAGGCAUACAUAAAUCUUUAAAAAAAUCCUCAAAACAAAUGCAAAAGUAUCUAAAAGUUUGUUUGCCACUCAUAACUUUGUCAACCUGCACACUAGAAAGGAUAUCAAUUGUUUAAUGUAUCCUUCCAGGCCUUCUAUAAACAGACAUGCAUAUAAAUUGCUACAGAGAUAUAAAAAAAUGGUAUUCCAGGGCCUCCCUGGUGGCUCAUCAAUUGAGCGCUGGGCUGCGAAGCUGCCAGCAACCUCUGCAGCGCCGGUGAGAUCCCGUGCCAAAGGCGAGGGUCCCACAUGGCAUGUCAGAUCUCUCCUGCCAUGCCGGCUGCUCGCCUCAGCAGUGUAUUUCAUAUUUCUGCCUGUUCUGCUCCCCACUCUGGCUCUGGUGAAUACUCUCACCCUCCCGCGCUUCUGACUGUACCUAGUGCUUGUGUAAAUAAAUCUUUUUAAAAAAAAAUGGUAUUCUGUAUACUUAGUGGUUCAUGUCAAUGUGUAUGUGUUUGGGUAUUACAUUUCAUGGUAUGGAUAUACUAUUAAAGCAUUCCACCAUUUCCCUGUUGAUGGUUACAUUUUCUCCAAAGUUUCAGCAGGUACUACUAGCAGAUAACAAAACAAUAUACAAAAGUGCUAAAUUUUCUCUGCAUCUUUGCCAGAACUUAAGGUAGUCAUUUUCUUGAAUUUCUGUGAAUUUGGCCAAGAAUUGCCUAAUUUAUUUGCUGUUUUAGUUAAUACUUUUGAUGGCUAUUUGAAUAAAUUGUUGACUUACCAACACAUUAACCAU